UGCCGGAUUUAUGUAUAAGCAGACUAAGCACCUGCUUAGGGCACCAAGGCUCUGGGGGCACCAGGCUGUCUGGGCAAAAAAUAAUGGUGAUUAAAAAUAUUAUUUAAAAAAAUGUAAAACCUGGUUUGCCAACUGUUCGCCAGAGUGAUUCUCUAACACAAGAAAUGAUAAACAUGUUUUAACUGGUUUUUGCAUCAAGUGGUGAGACAUAACAGUGAUUAAAAAUAAGGUGAUAAUGACAGAGGGUACCUGCCCAGGAGCUUCCACAAGUUAGGGGCCUCCAUAAUUUAGAAGCACCAAAAUAAGUGAGAAUUUUGUAUAUGAACUCAAGCGUUGACUUGAACGUAAGUUACAUCAGGAGAAAGAGAGAGAGAGAGAGAGCAGGUUGCAACACUCGAUCGUUUCAUUGUGCUUGUUUUACGAGAUCAUUUGUGAUACAUUUACGGUGGGACCCGACGGAAAAAUCGCCCAGGUUUUUUCCACCCCACCCGGUAAUUGAACCCGGGCCCUCUCGGUUGUGAGCCUAGCGUGCUACCCACUACACCAUGGGGGAUCCCAAAAGAAACCCCUCAAUCUAGCAUGCUUUUUUUUACAAAUGCUGCAUAUCAAUUCAGUUUUCAUUAAAUUAUGUAAAAUAUUGUGCACUUUCAUUUCAUUAUACCACUCGGUCAUCAUGGUAAGCGAAAAGUGAGUUAGCAUAAUUUUAGCGUAAUUAUAUAUUCCAUUUAGCAUAUUUUUUGUAAUGUUAGCAUAAUUUCGAAGCAAGUCUAGCAUAUUUUCGUCAAAACGAUUUGGCAACACUGUCCUUGGUGAUUGUUUACCCACGCAGAGCCCCCACCCAGUGACCACUAAGCUCUUGAUGCAGGCUAGCCAAUCAUGAAGCGCCAUCAGCUCAGUGGAGCUAAAAAACGCAAGCUAACAAAAGAAAAUAAGCAGAAAACUGAUACUCUGAUCAAGAAACUUCCAAAAUUGACCAGUUUUAUGAAAGCAAGUCCGGGUACAUCUAGUGUUCCUAAUGAAGAAAAUAUCAGUCAAUCGCAAAAUGUGACCAAAGAAGAGACGGUUCAUAUGUCUACUGACAGUGAGAAAGGGGCUUCAGAGAUUUCAGAAACUGAUUCAACUGUAGCUGACCAGUCAUUUACUGAUGAUUACAAUGCUUCUGUAAAGUUUAGAGACAAAUCAGAUGAAAGUGUCCAAGCUGUGAAUAAUAACAGAAAACCAGAUCCUGGAGGUUGGGGAGAAUUCAGUAGUGAUGAUACAAGCUACUGGAUUGAAAAAGGACCAGUAGACUGUCAGCACCAUGACUCGUCAUUCGAAAAAUCUAGGCGGACUUUCAAUAAUGAAAAACAGACAAGGUACUGCUCAAAUAAAAUAUUUUCUACAAAAAUACCAAAUGGUGAAGUAAGUUCAAGAGAGUGGUUGCUGUAUUCUCCCUCAAAAGGCUCUGUCUUCUGCUUUGUAUGCAAGUUGUUCGGCUCAAGUACUUCAACUGUAUUUGCUGAGCAAGGUUUCAGUGACUGGCGUAAUCCUGUUAUGGUUGAACAUCAUGAAAAAAGCUCUGGCCACAGGGACUGUAUGCUCAAAUACUUAAUCAGGAGACAAGGGCGUGGUCUGACACAAAAGCUUGAAGAGCAAAUAAAGACGGAGCGUGAUUAUUGGCAUCAUGUUCUACAGCGUGCCAUUGCAGUCAUAAGAACACUAUCUGAACGUGGGCUUGCUUUCAGAGGAAAAAAUGAAAAAUUUGGCUCCCCUGAUAAUGGAAACUACAUGGGGCUGUUAGAACUUAUUGCAGAGUUUGAUCCAUUUUUAGCAAGUCAUAUUACUAAAUAUGGGAAUGCAGGAAGUGGAAUUACGUCAUAUUUGUCUAAGACUACAUGUGAUGAAAUAAUCAGCCUCAUGAGUAGUAGAGUUCUUUCAGCUAUCGUGAAUGAAGCAAACACUGCAGGUUACUUUAGCCUCUCCGUUGAUUCCACACCAGACCUAUCACACACUGACCAACUCAGUAUUAUCCUGAGAUAUGUCUCACCGCUUGAUGGAAAACCAGUUGAAAGAUUUUUGUCAUUUCUUGUGUUAGAAAAUCACACUGGCGAACAGUUGGCAAACCAGGUUUUGCAUUUUUUAAAAAAUGUUUGCAAGAUAGAUUUUUCAAAGUGUAGAGGCCAAUCAUAUGACAAUGCAGCUAACAUGACGGGCCGCUACAAAGGUAUGCAACAAAAAAUUCUUGAGGAAAACAAAUAUGCUGCAUUUAUUCCUUGUGCAGCUCAUUCUCUCAACUUGGUUGGACGUAGUGCUGUCGACAGCUGCUUGAAUGCAGUUAACUUUUUCUCAACUGUUCAGUUAGUAUAUACUUUCUUUUCUAGCUCUACCCAUCGAUGGUCAGUCCUUAAAUCUCACUUAAAAGGCAACACGGUGACAAAAUCUUUAUCAUCUACUCGCUGGGAAGCCCAUUACUUUGCAACCAGUGCCAUUUUAAAGUCAUAUUCUUGCAUUCUUGAGGCUUUGGAAAACAUCAUGGAUGACAGUUCUCAGAAGGGGGAGACAAUUCGAGAUGCUGGAGCUAUAUCAGACAAAAUGCAAGAACUUGAAUUCACAUUGAUGUUAGUGUUAUGGAAUGAGAUUUUAGGGCAUUUUCAUGCUGUUAGUAAAACUCUACAAAACCCAUCUCUAAACUUGAAUGUAUGUGCAGAUCUUUACACUACAUUAUCUAGUCAGCUGCGUGAAAUCAGGGAUCAGUUUGACAAAUUUGAAACCAUGGCUAAGAAACUUCUUCCAGAAGUCAAUUACAAAGAUAUAAGUGCCCGCAAAAGAAAAAGAAAGAUUCAGAAAAAUGAUGGAAAUGCUCCAGAGGCAGAGCUAAAUGCUAGAGAAAAAUUUAAAAUUUUCACAUUUAAUGUAAUAAUAGAUGCUUUAGAGAUGCAAAUGAGUAGUAGGGGAAUGGUUUAUAAACAAGUUGCAGAACGAUUUUCUUUUCUAAAUGACAUGAACUUAUCAGAUUCACAAUACCAGACAAGCUCAGAAAAGUUGGCGGAAACAUAUCCAGAAGACCUAUGUCCAACAAUGACAACAGAAGUAAAACAGUUUCACACUUACCUCCGUGCUAAAAGUGAGAAACCUGACUACACCCAUGCUCAGUUGUAUGAAAUAAUAGUAAACGAUGGAAUUCAGGCUGUAUUUCCUAACACUGCCAUAGCACUAAGAAUAUUUCUCUCAAUGAUGGUAACUAACUGUUCUGCUGAACGUUCAUUUUCACUGCUCAAAAGGAUCAAGAACCCUUAUCGAACAACCAUGACCCAGGAGAGACUAGAUUCUUUAGCAUUACUCAGUAUUGAACUGAUUUUGUUAGACAGCUUUCUUUUGAGGAUAUCAUAA